AUGUCCAAUACCGACAAGACCUGGGGCGUCACGCCUCCCAUCUCCACGGCGCUUCCUACCCCGGCCGAGAACCAGGCGACCAACACUCUCCUCGAGGAGCUCAAGGCUCAGAACACGUUCGAAACAAAGCCCGAGACAGACAAGAGGCACGAGGUCUUGGCCGACCUGCAGCGCAUAGUCGACGAGUUCGUGCGCCGCAUCGCCAAGGAGAAGGAACCACACAAUGCCACCCUCAUCCGCGAGGCGCGGGGCGAGGUCUUCACCUAUGGUAGUUUCUGCCUUGGUGUCUUCGGUCCUGGUUCCGACAUAGACACGCUCGUCUGCGCCCCGAGAUACGUUACGCGAGUACACUACUUCGAGCAUUUCCCCGGCCUGCUCGAGGAGAUGGCCCCCGAAGGCGCCAUUACCGAUCUGACGCCCGUCGAGGACGCAUUCGUGCCCAUUAUCAAAUUCGAGUACUGGGGCAUCAGCAUUGAUCUGAUCUUUGCCCGCAUCGCGACGCUCACCCAGUUCCCCCCGCACAAGGAGUUGUACCUUACGGAGAACAAAUACCUUCGCGGCCUUGACGAGGCUGAGCUGCGUUCCGUCAACGGCACCCGAGUCACUAACGAGAUCCUGACUCUCGUACCAGAGCAGGCCACCUUCCGUCUGGCGUUGCGUGCCAUCAAGCUGUGGGCCCAGCGUCGUGCCAUCUACGCCAACAUCAUCGGAUUCCCCGGAGGUGUGGUGUGGGCGAUGCUUACCGCUCGCGUGUGCCAGCUAUACCCCAAGGCUGCCGCGGCCACGAUAGUCGCCAAGUUCUUCCAGAUCAUCCAGCGAUGGCCAUGGCCACAGCCUGUCAUGCUCAAGCCAAUGGAGGACGGCCCUCUCAACGUACGCGUGUGGAAUCCCAAGAUCUACAAGGGUGACAGCUUUCAUCUGAUGCCUGUCAUCACUCCAGCCUAUCCCCAGAUGUGCGCAACGUUCAACAUCACACACUCGAAUAAGGCCGUCAUCCAGCGGGAGCUGGAGCGGGCCGGUCAGAUAGCGGAAAAGAUCAUGACCAAUGCGCUUGCAUGGAAGGACCUCUUUGUCAAGCAUACCUUCUUCACCAAGGGCUACAAGUACUACCUUGCUGUCAUUGUUGCCUCCAAGGAGAAGGAGGCUCACAAGAUAUGGUCUGGGUUCGUAGAAUCCAAGGUGAGAGUCUUGGUUUCUAAUCUAGAGCGCCAUCCUUCGAUCUCCAUUGCGCAUCCCUUCAAUAAGGGCUUCGAACGUCUCCAUCGAGUGAAGGACCAGGUCCAGUUUGACGCGGUCCUUGAUGGCAAGAUGGCAUAUCUCAUCAAGGAAGAGGAUGAAGCCAAGGACGAUGUCAAGACAGAAGUCCAGGAGGACGCUGAGGCCUUGCUUUCGAAACCUGAGAAUGGCGUUGAAGCAGGGCCGCAAAGUCCAAAUGGGAAACCGGCGGCCGCCAAGGCCGAGGAGCAGGACAGUAAGCUUUUUACGACAACCCAUUACAUUGGCCUGGAACUGGCAGAAGCAGCCGGUGCUGACCGUCCAGGUGCCAAAUCCUUGGAUUUGUCCUAUCAGGUGAAUGAGUUUAAGGACCUCUGCCAUGGCUGGGACAAGUAUAAGGCCGAUCUGAACUUCUUGAGCGUUCAGCACGUUCGAAACAUCAACCUACCCGAAGACGUCUUCGAACCCGGCGAGGUCAAGCCCACGCGUCCGCUUAAGAAGCCAAGCGCUCCUAACGGCACAAAGCGCCCUGCCCCGUCAGAUGUAUGGACAACACCCGCCGGCGAAACGCCCGCAACCCGCUGCGGUAGGCUGAAGUCGACCCAGCUCUCCUGCGUGCCUGUACGAGCUGCGGCCUAG